AUGGCAGACAUCGCCCGCCCAUUGCCUCGGCCCACCCGUCCUGGGACACAUGACGGAUAUCGUACGCCCAUCCCACCCAUCCCUGGACACGUGGCGGAGAUCGCCCACCAGUCCCGAGACCCGCGGCAGGACCGGCCUGCCUGUCCUGGGACACCUGGAGGACAUCGCCCGCCUGUACCCUCGGCCUGCCCAGCCCGUGACAGGUGGCAGACAUCGCCCACCUGUCCCUGGACACGCGGCGGGCCCGGCCCGCCCGUCCCGGGAAAUGUGGCGGACAUUGCCUGCCUGUCCUGGAACCCGCACAGGGCCAGCCCUCCCGUCCCUGGAAACAUGGCGAACAUCACCCGCCCAUCCCAGGAGUCACGUCGGGCCCAGCCCGCCCGUCCCGGGAAACCCAGCCCAAACAUCCACCUAGUCUAG